AUGUCUGAGAAGGAGGAGGUAGAUCUGGACUCUAUCAUUAAUAGAUUGCUCGAAGUCAGGGGUAGCCGACCAGGUAAACACGUUCGACUGCAGGACUCGGAGAUCCAAUAUCUCUGUCAUAAAGCGCGUGAGGUUUUCAUAUCCCAACCCAUAUUACUAGAGCUCGAGGCACCCAUUCAGAUUUGCGGUGAUGUCCACGGCCAGUACUACGAUCUCCUUCGCCUGUUCGAAUACGGCGGCUAUCCACCUGAUGCCAAUUACCUGUUCCUUGGCGACUAUGUUGACCGCGGAAAGCAGUCGGUCGAAUGCAUUUGCCUCCUGCUAGCUUAUAAGAUCAAAUACCCCGAGAACUUCUUUAUCCUGCGAGGAAAUCACGAAUGUGCCUCGAUAAACCGAAUCUAUGGGUUUUACGACGAAUGCAAGAGGAGGUAUAAUGUCAAGCUCUGGAAGACGUUUAUUGAUUGCUUUAACUGUUUGCCAAUUGCGGCUAUUGUGGAGGACAAGAUCUUUUGUAUGCAUGGAGGACUUAGUCCAGAUUUAAAUUCCAUGGAGCAGAUCCGUCGCAUAAUGCGUCCCACAGAUAUACCUGACUGCGGUCUAUUGUGUGAUCUCCUCUGGGCGGAUCCGGAGAAGGAAAUAACUGGCUGGGGCGAGAAUGACCGUGGUGUCUCCUUCACAUUCGGCCCUGACGUUGUGCACCGUUUUGUGCAGAAACACGAUAUAGACUUGAUCUGUCGUGCGCAUCAGUGUGUGGAAGAUGGGUAUGAGUUCUUCGCCAAACGAAAGCUUGUCACGUUGUUCAGCGCACCGAAUUACUGUGGUGAAUUUGACAACGCCGGCGCUAUGAUGAGUGUUGAUGAGAGCCUGCUUUGCUCUUUUCAGAUUCUUAAACCGGCUGAGAAGAAAAAAGCAAAUAUUACCAGAGGGUUCAAAUCGGACAGGUCUAAUCCAUCUUCAAGUCAGCAGAAGAAGCAAUCAUAG